CAUUCCAUGUCCCUCAGUAGUAGUUGCAGUCCAGACUCUUGUGUGGUAUCUCCAGCUAUCCAUCAGAACUUUGACAUUGACUGGAUACUCUGGAACUGGACAUCUCCUAUCCUCAUCUCCUGGAGCUGCCACUGACUGUCCCAGUAGUAGUAGUAGGAGCAGUAAACUAGUCAUCAGCAGUCCUGAUGUUGCGAACGUCCGUAGGAG